AUGAUCGCUGAGGUCCCACCUCAUCUAGUGACUACAACAAACAGCGCCGCCAGAUUCGCAUACAGGGCCAUCGGUGAAAAUAGCACCACGGAUACUGCUGAUGAGCUGGUUUUCGUGGAAGAGUUCGAUGCGUUUGUCAAGCGAGGCAAAGUUCCAGAUCUCACAAAUUGUUUCGAUGGGUCAAAGAAACAAUUGGAGCUUUUCGAGGCUACCAUGAAAAGAUUUGUGAAGAAUAUGGCAACUCGAAAGAGAUUCAGAUCCCUUGGCAUCGACUUGAAAGAUCCGACACAUUGUGAUCUCAGUUAUGUCUUCAAGGUAGCAACAGCCGCUGUCGAGCAGCGGGAUGGGACAGGAAGCUUGCGGACUUGCAAAGACUUCGCCCGAAAGUGUUUCAAGAGCGCAAGCAAACGGCAUACAGCUCUUGGUGCCAUAAUGUCCAUGAUCCCUAGCGAUAUCUACGGGUCAGCCAUUUCGGGAGGCGUUAUGACCAUCCUAGCGGUAUCCAAGCUUACAUCCAAGAUAAAGUUCGGGGCUGAGGAUCAAAUCACCAGUGCCUUAGCCUCUCUAGAUAGCAGCCUUGCCGAGUUCCAAGCAGAGUUGGAUGUGUGUACUCAGCUUCGAAUGGGUCGCAUGGACGAGAAUAUACGAAGAAUCCAAGAGGCUGCGAUCAGUAAGUCGAAUCAAUUGGCAAUAAACACAGUCACGGACAAGGGCAACAACGACGGUACAGCCAGUCAUUCUGAGAGGAACAAUAGUAUUGUCGGCUCAUGGUUGGAUUUGAUUGGAGACUUCGACGCGAGUUCCGAAAAUCACGUCAAAGAAUGCAUUCGCGCUGGUCUUGGCCAACUUACACUGGAGGACCGGGAAAAGAGCCAGUGGAUCAUGUCUUCUGGCGAGGUUCGCAAUUGGCUGCGCCUGGACCAGUCCAGUGUUCUGAACAUCAGAGCUGAAGAAGCACCACAGGGCCUAUUCCAUUCUCUGUCUUUCACAGCCGCUCUGCUAGCUGAGACACUCCAAAAGUCGACCAACUACCCUGUCUUAUCUUUCUUCUGCGGACUGCGGACCAACGACUCAUUCGACAGUGAAUUAUGUGGUCAUAUGGCGGUUCUUAAGAGCCUUGACGGACAGCUAAUGAAAUUUUGCCUCGAAAAGCGACCAGGAGUUGACUUGUCAUCACUUGAGCAGCAAAAGAAGCGGCUGAUCAAGAAGUCAACCGAGGCGCCCAAAUAUGCCUUCCGGCUUUUCCGCGAACUCCUCGGAUUACUGGAGGAAAAGGACGUCGUGUUCGUUAUUCUCGACUCUUGGUCUCGGUUGCUUGGAGACAGAACACAAGCAGACAAGAUUAUUGAGAAGCUGUCACAAACAACCAAAGAAUUGCCUAACCUGGUGAUCAAGAUACUCGUUCUCGAUGCACUUGCUUCGGACGCUGUGAACCAGGUGGCUGACGUGUGCCUCUAUGUGCCCGAAGAGGUCGACUGUUGGAAGAAUGAUGUACAAUUGGGCCAUUUGGAGCAAAGUAAUCUGUGCAUGGUGGAGGAGCUGCAAGAGACACAGCGAAAGAAACGUGAGGACUUGGUCGAAUCAGACUCGGAGGAUUCAGAAGCAAAUUGGUAGAGCCAGAUGAUUCCAUGAUUUUCAUAUUCUGUUAGUAACCUCAG